AUGACUGCACAGAAGUGUUAUGAUAAGUAUUCAUGGGAUCAGAGCCAGUAUUCCGUGUUGGCCAAUGUUCUCUGGGAGUCAGUUAGUCUUUAUUGCUUAUCUUCCCAACUUUUGCAUGGUCAGGCAAAUGCAAUCUUGUACCAUUGCUUGGCCAUCCUGGUUAUAUGUUACUUCUUUUUUAUUUUCAUUGGUUCUCCAAUACCUGUUCCUGUUACCUAUGCUUGGGUAAUGGAUCCUGAACAUUUGGGAUUUUGCCAUCGCUGA